CCUCCGCAGGGGCGAGGGGCUCAUUAGAAUGGUCCGCCCGAAGAGGUUAUUGGAUCCAGUAAGAUUCCAAGAAGCCUUGGAGGGAUUCAAUGUUGGCUUUGCCGGUGAUCCUGUUGAUGGCCUGGUUGAGAAUUGGAACAACUUGCUCACUAGGGCAGUAGACACGAUUGUUCCCAAACGUCCCCUCCAACCCACUUCAAAUUUGGCCCCUUGGUAUACGGAAGACCUACGGGGGCUGAAGCGGCAAGGUAGGCGACUGGAGCGCAGGUGGAGGAAGACUCAACUCGAAUCUGACAGAUUGCGACAUAGAGCACAUCUAAAGAUCUAUGCUCAGGCAAUACGUGCGGCAAAGAGGCAGUUCUUUUCUGCCCAUAUUGCCUCUGCGAAUUCACGUCCGGCUGAGUUGUUCAGGGUUGUGAGGGGACUAGUAUCUGCCCCCGCUCCCUUGAACCAGAAUUUGGAGUCAUCAGUUACUCGGUGUGAUGUGUUUAAAGAGUUUUUCGCAGAUAAAAUCUCUCGGAUUCGGGCCGACUUAGAUGAAGACUCCACAAUUUGAUAUCUGAGCUGGAGGUGCCCAACAACUCCUCUUAUGUGAUUCGACUAGAUCGGGUUCAGUCUGUGACUCCUGAGGAUGUGGACAAGAUGCUUGGAGUGGAUUACAGCCAAUGGCAAAGAGAAGAAGGCGUUAAGAAACAAACAGUGAUCAAGGGAUUCUUGCCAUCUCUUGCUUCAAUGAAGGAGGAGAAGGGGAAGAAGGCAUUAAAGAAGACUUCCUGGACAAGGUCAAAAGAGAAACCUUCAGGCCGUUUGAAAACGACACCUAAGAAGCAGAGGACUUGGCAUCAAACAGCAGCAAGAGAAGCAAUGCUUGCAAAGAGCGCGGAGAAUAUCAGAAUUUUGCAGCAACUGUCCAAGAGCAAAAUGAACAGCUUGGAGGAACUGAAGCACCAUUCCAGCGUUCUGCUGGAAAAGAACCGGCGGCUGGUGAAAGACAUCAAGGAGAUGGACGACGACACAGUGAAGCGGGCCCGGGAGCUCCUCCAGCAGUACGACAUGUUCGGGACAGUGAUCACAACUUUUAAGGAUUCAAGCCAGAACCAAGUGGGUGUGGCCAAAGCAGAGCUCCAGGAAACCCUGAAAACGGUGGAGAAGAACAUGGGAAAACUGGAGCAGGAGAGGAAGCGCAUGAGCACCAAAGUGCAGGCCCUCCAGGAGGAGCUCAACGUCCUGCGAACGUACAUGGACAAGGAGUACCCCGUGAAAGCCGUCCAGAUCUCAUCCCUGCUGCGCAGCAUCCGGAACCUGAAUCAGGAGCAGGAGGAUGAACUGGAGGAUAUCGAGGAUCUGUCCAAGCGGUUCCUGGAGACUUUAGCAAUGAAGGCAAAGGAGGAGCAGGAGGGCAUCUUGCAGACUGUUGCUGAGGAGAAGUUGUCAGAGUACCAAGAUGGCCUCAGACAAAUGCAUUUAAACAAUAUGGAACUGAGAAGACAAAUCCAAAUCCAAAAGGAGGUAAUCGACGAACUGAUGAAAGAAAUCCAGGAGUUACAGAAAAGCAUUAUAAUGCUUCACAACACCAUCAGGGAUCCACGAGAGGUGAUAUUUGCAGAUGUCCUCCUCCGCAGACCCAGAUGCAGCCCAGAUAUGGCGGUUGUUCUCAACAUCCCCACAGAGGAGGAUUUCCCCUUGUAAUGGCUGGAACGUGGUUGGGUGGAGACGCCUUGUUCAUUCAGCUACAUCCUUGCAGGUCGCAGCCGAGUCGAGGGUGACGUGCCGAGGGCAGUUUCUCUCCUGCGCUGCGGAGCUUGUGCACAAGAAGCAGCCAACACACUGCCUUAAUCUCAGGCUGGAGUUCUUAAAUCUUGCCGCUAAGAACUGUAGCGGUGGUGCCAGUCCUCGCAAAUAGGAGGACUUCAGAGUCAGUUUAAUAUUAAAGGGGGCCCUGCCUGAACGAAGAGAA